GUCUCACCCGUUGCGGAUCACUGUAUUUCGUCUUCGGCUCUUCGCGGUCUGAAAAGAAAAUGAAGUGAAAAAAAAAAAAAAAAAAAGAAUCCUUUUCGGAUCACACAUAGCCGCCGAUUCUCAAGCUCCGUUUUGCAACAUCUCCGUUCAAAGGUAUCUUCAUUCUUGGCUCUUUCAGCUCCAGAAAUUGUAACAAACAAGAAUUUGAGUUUACAUCCAGGUGGUUGUGGUUGAAUUUGAAUCAGUGUGCCCCAUAUGGCUUCCUUUAGAGCAUUUCUGAACAGUCCUGUUGGCCCUAAAACAACUCACUUCUGGGGUCCUGUUGCCAACUGGGGAUUUGUUGUAGCUGGAUUAGUAGACACACAGAAGCCCCCUGAGAUGAUAUCUGGAAACAUGACGUCAGCAAUGUGUGUAUAUUCUGCAUUGUUCAUGAGGUUUGCAUGGAUGGUACAACCUCGAAACUAUUUACUUUUGGGAUGCCAUGCAUCAAAUGAGUGUGUGCAGCUCUAUCAACUUUCUCGUUGGGCAAAGGGCCAAGGGUACUUGCAGCAGAAGCAGGACAAAACCCAGUGAUUCAAUGCUACUUUUGUUUUCCCUUUUGUGGGCGCCUUCAUCGCGCUGAAUUGUUGGGCGAUUUCUCAUUAAUUUUUCUAUUCUAACCAUUAGACAGUAAAGCUGGAAGCUGCGCUGUAAACUUCAUCUUCAUGGUUAGUUAUGCGUUUUCUUUUGUGUUUCCCUAGCCCUCUAAUGUAUGAUUACUUUAACAGCUAGAAUUUAGAGAGGUGUCUGGGUCUGCAAUAAUAAGAUUUUCAAGUUUCAUACACCACAGUGAUCCCAAAAUAAUUGAUCUUCAUGAUUGUGAUGAAAAUGAUGAAAUAUUCUAGGAUAAUUUAAGUUACUAUAUUUUGUGUAA